UAUAAACGUUAUUUCUUGCAAUUUUAAUUUUGAUCUUUUCAAAUUAGUAUCUAGAAAUUAAUUUGCGUUAAUUAUAAGUCUAAUUUAUCCAUCACAAAUGGUUCAUGAAGUGUGAAUCUCACAUCCGAUUGAAAAAUGAAAUAAAUCAAGUAUGUAAUUUGGUAUUCAUUGAUUCGAAUCAAUGCAACAAGCUUAGCCUUCAAACAUCUUGCCUGAAUUUUAACGAAAAUUUGUCUUCAUACGAAAUAUUUCAUGAUAAAUUUUCGACAACAUCACUUAUCUAUUUUCUUAUUGUUAUAUAAAAGUAAUUUUCUGAUUAUUAUUCCUGAAAAAAAAAUUAUAAAGAAUUACGUGAUCUGGAUUGGAUGAUAAGGAAGAACAGCAGACGAGAGUAGGGAGUGAACAGAAAACACACGAGUGAGUCAGCAUGAUAAUAAUUAUUGAGUUUGACGUAAACAUAACCGUUAAAAAUCAGAAAUAUUUACUGAAAGUGUAAUUUAUCUAAGUGAACUAGCUUUUUGUAUACUCUCUCAUAGUAAAAAACAUUUAUGCCAGAUAAGAUAACAAAUUCACAAACAAAAACAUGAAUUGGAGGUGACCAAGGGUAGAUGUGACAAAAUGAACACUCUUACUCGAUGUCCUGGUUUAUAUUGUGGCAGAGAAUUACUACCAGAUGGAAAUUGGUCAGAUUGUGGGGCUUGUCCUCGAGGAUUUCGAAAUAAUAUGCUCUCAGCAUGUGAACUCUGUGAAGAAAUACCAUCAUUCUAUGACUGGCUCUAUCUUGGUUUCAUGGCUCUACUUGCACUUGUUCUCCACUGGUUCUGUAUUGACACUGUAGCAAUGAGGAGAAGUAUUCCAAAGGAAGUCAUAGCACUGCAUUUAUCGGCUCUUCUUGAAAUAUUGGCUGCCUGUUUUAUUACCUUACAAUUGACUGAACCAGUUGGUUCCUUUACUAUUAAAUCUUGUAGAAGUUAUAAAUUAUCAGAUUGGUAUACUCUACUGCACAAUCCCAAUCCGAACUAUGAAACUACAUUACACUGUACUCAAGAGGCAGUAUACCCUUUGUAUACAAUGGUGUUUGUAUUUUAUGCCUUUGCAGUUUUAAUAAUGCUUCUUGUAAGGCCCUUGAUAGCAAGGAAAUUUCUGCCAAAGAAAGGAAAAUUUUCUAUUUAUGCUGCACUUUACUUUUUUCCAAUUCUGGCAUUGCUACACGCUGUUGGAAGUGGACUAAUAUAUUAUUCUUUUCCAUACAUAACAAUUAUUCUCUCAGUUCUAUCAAAUGCAGCACACUUUGCCUUCAAAUUGAAUCAGACUAUGAAGUCACUAGUCUUGAGUUCCAUUUCUGAUAUAAAAAAUAUUGUUGUGAUUUUGGGUCAUUGGCUGUUACAUGCAUAUGGCAUAAUAGCAAUUGCAGCAUUGAGAGGAUCAACUAUUCAUCCAGCAAUGUUAGCAUUGGUACCAUUGCCAGCAUUGUUCUAUAUACUCACCGCAAGAUUUACUGAUCCUCAUAAAAUUCAUAACGAAUAAUCAAUGUAAAAAAAUUGUCUUCUGUAAAAAUUUGUACAAAGUAACUAGGAUAAAUUAAUAAGUAAUCUUUUUAUACGAAUUAAAGUUUUAUUCAGAAAAGAAAAAUAAAAAAAGACUAAGUUGU